UCAAUAUCAAAUCAUCGCCAUUGUCUUUCUAUUUUCACGCUUAAUCUAUUUUUCGUCCAUCAAUCAUGGCUAGCUUUUCAGGUUUAUCAUCCUCUCUGAUUAUACUCUUCUCUCUUCUUUUCACCAUCUCAGAAGCUAAGGAAAUAUUAGUUGGAGGCAAUUCCUAUUCAUGGUCAAUCCCAACUUCCAAUGAAACUGAAACCCUACUCAACAAAUGGGCUGAAAAAAGCCGUUUCCGCAUAGGGGACACUCUUGUGUGGAAGUAUGACGGUGAGAAGGAUUCAGUGUUGGAAGUGAGCAAGGAGGACUACGAGGCGUGCAAUACUUCAAGAGCCAUGAAGGAGUACAAGGACGGGAACACGAAGGUGAGUUUGGACAGAGCCGGGCCAUUCUACUUCAUUAGCGGGGCCAAGGGACACUGUGAGAAGGGCCAGAAGCUGAUCGUGGUUGUGCUGUCCCCAAGACGAAACAGGUUCUACGGUAUUUCUCCGGCGCCUUCUCCGGCUGAAAUCGAUGGUCCGGCUAUUGCUCCGACCAGCGGCGUUUCGAGCUUGAGAAGUGGUCUUGUUGUGGCUUUUGGAGUGUUGACUUUUUGGUUGUUUUGAAUCUUUUUUAUUUGAGGACAGAUCAUCAGUGGGUUGAGCUUACUAGUAUUAUUUAUUUAUUUAUUUUUAAUUUUCAAAUUAUUUUAUUAUUAUUUGAUUCAUUGUAUGCGAGCUUUGGCAUAUAAAAUCUGCUAUCCAGUAAUAUAAUGAUUACAUUUUUUUUUUUUUUUA